UGCGGGCCCCGUAGCGGAGCCGCCAUCAUGGCCGACAAGAUGGACAUGUCCCUGGACGAUAUCAUCAAGCUGAACCGCAGCCAGCGCGGCGCCGGCCGGGGCGGCGGCCGGGGCGGCCGGGGCCGCGGCGGCGCCACCCGCGGAGUCGGGCCCGGGCGGGGCGGCGCGGGGGCCGGGCGGGCGGGCGGCGGCCCCGUGCGGAACCGGCCACUCAUGGCGCGGGGCGGCGGCAGGAACCGGCCCGCGCCCUACAGCCGGCCAAAGCAACUCCCAGAGAAGUGGCAGCACGACCUAUUCGACAGCGGCUUUGGAGCCGGGGCUGGUGUGGAGACGGGUGGAAAGCUGCUUGUUUCCAACCUGGACUUCGGUGUCUCGGAUGCGGACAUCCAGGAACUUUUUGCAGAAUUUGGGACCUUGAAGAAGGCAGCUGUGCACUAUGACCGGUCCGGCCGCAGCCUGGGGACAGCGGAUGUGCACUUCGAGCGGAAGGCAGACGCUCUGAAGGCAAUGAAGCAGUACAAUGGGGUCCCUUUGGACGGCCGGCCCAUGAACAUCCAGCUGGUCACGUCACAGAUCGACACACAGCGGAGACCCACACAGAGUGUAAACAGAGGUGGCAUGACCAGGACCCGCGGUGGUUCAGGAGGAUUUGGUGGUGGAGGUGGCAACAGGCGAGGCGCUCGCGGUGGGAGCAGAGGGAGAGGCAGAGGAGCUGGGAGAACUUCCAAACAGCAGCUCUCCGCAGAGGAACUAGAUGCACAGCUGGAUGCUUACAAUGCCAGGAUGGACACCAGCUAAAGUGGCGGCAGCAGCGCAGGGCAGGACUCCGAUGGCACUCCUGGCUCCCGGUGGGGGCCGCGGCUGCAGUUACCGACACUGAGGAUGGGAUUUGUUUUACUUUGCGUUCUGGGAUAGGUUUUAAACUCCUGUCAGGUUUUUUUUAAUUCUGGAGCAGACCCGUUUUGUACCGAGUUAUUUUUGGGAUAAAUUUUACCGGUUGCCUGUUGGGCCGGGGGGGGCUUUUUCACCCCCGCCGUAAUAAAAUAGAAACAU